UGCUCCAGAUUUCAAACAAUUCGCUAUAUGCUCUUUUUUAUCAGUUUUAUCGUUGAAACGCGUGAAUCGGGUAGAUAUCUAAUACAUUUUGAACGUUUCGCAGGAAGCUAUAUAUUUAAUUCAUGCUGAUUUUCUAUCCACUAAAUUAUACGUCAGAAAUUAUCGAGGAUAUUUGGGAAAAAAACAUACGAUCUUGUUCGAUAGUUUUUUCCAAUCGAAUGCUCCUUCGAUCAGAAUAUUGAUACUGUAAACUUUUAUCUGUCAACAGGAAAUAAAGCAAACAUUACAUUCACACAAGUUAUCAAAAUUUUUUAGUAUUGCCGACAAUGAUAUUCGAUAAAAUGUAAGAAUGAGUACUAAUAUCUUGAAAUCUAAAAAAAGAAAAGAAAAAGAAUCCUCCGUUUAGUGUGUGACUUUGAACUUCGGCAAAGAUUUUAAGUCUAAUUAAGUGCAUCAAGAAACAAGCAAUAUGUCUCGCUGUAAAUGUCCCAAGUCGGAUGCAAAACCGAUCACGAACGGUUUGCCAUACUUCGAAGACAUCACGACCAGGAUGGAAGAACGGCGUUGCGACCUUCUAGGCAGGCAGAAGCAUCUGAGAGAGAAGAUUACGACGAUGGAACGAUCUAUACCUGCGUUGAUCGCGUACAACAUGUGGAUGUCGAAGAAAUGUGAUGACGCGCCGUAUUGCAAGGUUCGCGAGAUCAUGAAGAAGUUCGCCGGUUACCCGGACCAAACCGAGACGCUCCUCAAAACUCUGAAGAAAACCGUGAAGGAGUUGAACGGAGAGACCGAGGAGUUGCAUGAGAAAAUUAUUGAAACUGAUGUGAAGUUGGAAGAGACGGACAUGGAACUGGAGUCGUUGGAACUUGCGAACAGAGAGAUGUUCGAGACCGUGAACAAUUUGGAGAAAGAAGUGCGAAGCUAUACUACUCCAAGUCUUCAUUCGAUACAUUCCGAGGAUUUGCUGUGCUUGUCGAAGAUUCGUCAACUGGCGCAAGAGGAAUUGAAUUUGAAGAAUUGCAUUAGGGAGUUGGAGCAGAAAGAAACGAUCUUCAAGGAGCAUAUGGAUCGACUGUUAGCAUCUAAAGAGUAUCAAAGCGUUUGCAGUAAAAGGAAAAUUGUCAGCUGCGUUCAAGGUCUGGAUUACAGUGGAAAAAUACAUGUGCCUAAAUGUUUGUUACGCAAGCAACGACCAGCGAAGGAGAAACAGAAACAGGAAGAGCCUGCUGUUAGUGAUGCAGAGAUCUCUACUUCGGUGCAAGAAAUUCAGAAACGGGAUCAAGAGACCAAACCGGAAGUACCUCAGGAAAAUAAGACUGAAAAGAAAACUUCUUGGAUACCGAACUGGUUUUCAAAUAAUCAAAAAUCAGAGGGUUCGAAGAACGCAACAGCAAGUGGAGAUCCACCUCAUGCAGAAAAUGCAGAUUCAUCGAACGUCAAAAAUGAAAUCGAGAAACCAGUGAUUGUUGAAAAAGAAGUUAAAGGAGAUAAGCCAGGCACAUCGUUGAAGUCUAAAUCGAAAUCAGCACAGUGUCAUCGUCCUUGUAUCACUCCAGAGGAUCUCGAAUGUAUUCUGAAAAAGCCUACCACUAGGAAACACGCUCUUCCUUGCAUUGUUCCUCCUUGUCACGUCCCUCCUUGUCAUUCUCAUCCCUGCAGUAAACCCUUCAGUAAAGGUUGUUGUCCUUCAAGAAAUCCGUUUGAGCCACCACGUUAUAAAAUGGCAGACCACGGUAUGAGUGGAUGCCAAGCGUAUAAAUUACCCUGCGACCCGAAAGGACCCUGUGAAAUAUGCCCGUCGCUUCCCUGCUCGGGCUACGUGCGUCCAGGUACCUGCAAGUGUAAUUGCAAAGGCAAAUGCGCUAGCGGAAUGUCAGAUGUACCGUGCAACUGCAGCGACGAUCCACUUGGCCCUUCGGAGGAAUAUCGACCAAUUGGGUCUAGACGAUUGGCUGAUGCGCGAAGGGAAGAAGACAGCGAUGAUGACUUUUGUGAAUGUUGUAUGUGCGGUUGUGAAGAUAGCGAUGAUUCAUUGUGCCAUUGCGGAUGAUCGUAAGUCCGAUUUACUAUUUUCUGGGUAAGACAAGGAGGAUUUAAUAAAAAGAAGACGAUACUUAAAGACAA